AUUUGGGGAACGGACGAAUUAAGCGGCGUGGAGAUGCGGCAGCCACUGAGCUGGGGCCGCUGGCGCGCGGUGCUUGCCCGAACCUACGGCCCCGGGCCUUCGGCGGGUUACCGCUGGGCCUCGGGCGCACAGGGUUACGUGCGGAAUCCGCCAGUUGGAGCUUGCGAUCUGCAGGGCGAGCUGGACAGAUUCGGGGGCAUCUCGGUGCGCCUGGCGCGGCUCGAUGCGCUGGACCGCCUGGACGCUGCCGCCUUCCAGAAGGGCUUGCAGGCUGCAGUACAGCAAUGGCGAUCAGAAGGUAGAACAGCUGUAUGGCUGCACAUUCCCAUCCUCCAAAGCCGAUUUAUUGCCCCUGCUGCUUCCCUGGGCUUCUGCUUUCACCACGCAGAAUCGGAUUCAUCAACGUUGACUCUGUGGCUGAGAGAAGGGCCCAGCAGAUUACCAGGAUAUGCUUCACAUCAAGUAGGAGUUGCAGGAGCUGUAUUUGAUGAAAGUACUAGAAAAAUACUGGUUGUACAAGAUCGAAAUAAAUUGAAAAAUAUGUGGAAGUUUCCAGGAGGCCUGUCAGAGCCUGAAGAAGAUAUUGGAGACACAGCAGUUCGAGAAGUUUUUGAAGAGACUGGUAUAAAAUCAGAAUUCAGGUCCAUCCUGAGUAUUCGGCAACAGCACACAAAUCCUGGAGCUUUUGGGAAGUCAGAUAUGUAUAUCAUCUGCCGCCUAAAGCCAUAUUCAUUCACCAUAAAUUUUUGCCAGGAAGAAUGCUUAAGAUGUGAGUGGAUGGAUCUCAAUGACCUGGCGAAGACUGAAAAUACAACUCCCAUCACCAGCAGAGUUGCUAGGCUGCUGCUGUAUGGGUACAGAGAAGGGUUUGACAAAAUUGACCUGACUGUGGAAGAACUUCCAGCAGUUCACACAGGACUGUUUUAUAAACUCUAUCACAAGGAACUGCCAGAGAAUUAUAAAACUAUGAAAGGAAUUGAUUAAAUUCACAUUUAUAUGUUUAGAAACAUGUAGACUAACGAAUGACAUAAGAAAUAGUGGACAUUUUGGAUUGAUUAAACAUCUGACUGUGAUAUUCUAAUGUAUAUGAUUUCCAUGAAGAAAUUUUGUUUCUAAACAUGCACAUUUUAAAAGCCUCUUUUCGAAUAAAGCAAAUGCGUGAAAAAGAUCAUUGCUCUAGGUUUAUGAUCAAGAAUAGAAGCAGAAGGGAAACAAAGAGUGAAAGGAAAAUUCAUAGUAAUCAUAAAGACAACAUGAAAGGUCGCCAUGGAACUUCAUAGACUGAUUCCCCAGAGGCAUCUAAGACACAUCAAUGAACAAAACUGAACAAGAUCCCUGCCUUUAUGCCACUCAAAUUCUAGCUGGGGGAGACACACAAUAAGCAAUAAGCUUAAACUAUCAACAGCAUGUUUGUGAAGAUAUUCAUCUAUUCUGUCUACUGCUGUAUCAGUGCUUGGCACAUAGUAAGUCAUCAAUAAGUAUUUGCUAAAUUAAUGAACAAAUGGAACUUUUUCAGAUAGCUUACAAUAAAAAUAUAAUUCAAUGACAUUUACAAAAUCUAAAUAAGAACUAGAGAAAUAGGACUGGGGAAAAUCCAGACUAGGAACUGAAAUACAGAAUAUGGUUUAACUUUAUGAACUAUUUACUCCCUAAGGAAAAUAGACCAGAUGACCUUUCCAAGAGUUGACUAUCCAAACUUGACAUCUCUGAGGAUCUCUGAAGGGCCAAGAAACCUAGCUUCUAAUAUCGCCUUGAUCCCUAACUAACUUGUAUUUUCAAUCAAGUCCUUUAACUUCUCUAGGCAUCACUUUCCUCCUCUGUAAAAUAAGAAGAUUGGAUUAGAUGGUCUUUAGAAUCCCUCCUAAUCUCUAGUAGCCUUAGUACACAAUAAGGAAAGAAAUAAGCACAUGAGCCAAGUUCUCCUCACAUCCCCCCAGCACCUCCUCUCACCCCAACUCUCCCUUCUUUAUGCAUCGGCCUCACAAUACUAGUCCACUCCUAAUUUUAGAUUUGAACCUUAUGACCAUUUCCCCAUGCUCUGUUUACUGGGUUGUUUAUUCUUUUACAGUACAUUGAUUUUUCAGUUUUGGCUUUUGAGGGAGCUUGCUCAAUAGGAAUCCAAAAGUGCUUUUGCUUAUACCACUUCUGAGAAUUAAAAACAGACAUGAUAUGGAAUCUCACUGUGUCGCCUAGGCUGGAGUGCAGUGGCGUGAUCUUGAUUCACUGCAAUGUCCACCUCCCGGGUCCAAGCAAUUCUCCUGCCUCAGCCUCCCAAGUUGGCUGUGAUUACAGCACUCUUCUUUCUGGGAGGAAACUAGACUGCUUUAGAAAUCACUGCAGGAAUCACAGAGUAAAAUGGAGAAGAAACCAGGGAUGUGUCAUAACACAGUAGUCUGAAAAAGGGCCAGGUAGAAGAGUGGGAAGGACUAUGCCUCUGGCAAGUGCAAGUUCAUAAAUCCCAGUUUCUUCAAGUUACGAGGCACAUCUGCAUCCCCAGAUGAUGGCUACUGGUCAGAACACUGAACUCAUACCAAAAGCUGCUGUUGUUGACAGUUUAAUGUCUAUGGAUCUGACUCGGAGAGAAAUGUGCCACUUACUGAAUCACCAACACCAUAUCUUUGGUGUUGAGGUGGGGCACGCUUACUUUUUCAUCUGAAGAUUGACACAGCCCACCAAGAACAAUUUGAAAGAGACAGGAUUGCUGCUGAAAAGGCAUGACAUCAAGCCACACAAAUUGGAUGUUAAGACUAGAGAUUAACUUGUGAACUUGGCAGGAAUAGGUCGUAUGACGAGAGCUGAAACGUACAACUGGAUCUUGGUCAUGCCAUUCCUCAAAGGAGAUGAAGAAAUCCUGAAUUUUUAAUUUAUGCUUAAUAGCCAUGGCUUUGUCUCUACAGAGUGUUUGUGAUAUAUUUCUAAGCAUUGGUAAAUUAAUUCUUACUGCACCAACUUGGUGGAAAUCUGUUCCAUCAGAAAGAGUUAAUACAUCCAAAGAGAUAGAAACACAUUUAAAACUAACUUUCACAAGCUCCUGCUUAGCUAAAAAUGAAACUAGAAAACUUUAUUUUGAGUAUUUUACAUUUCUGAUGGUACAGAAUCAACAGUUUGGGAAGCUUAAUACCUAUUUGCCAAGAGAAAAAGUCAGAAUUCUCUUUUCAGGUCUACAUUCUUUUAACUUGUCUCAUCUUUUUAUGUACCCUAGUAGUUUCAGAGAUACACUUGAAGAUAGAGCAAUUUCUGUUUUCAUCACUUUUAACAACAAUGGGUCUUUUUAUCAUUGUCAAUGAAUCAAUAUUCAGCCAGUGCUCCUGAGGAGAUGAAAAAUUCCACCGGCAAUUAUCUUACAGAGUCACCAUGAUUACUAGGUUAUAUGGUUUGGCUGUGUCCCCACCCAAAUCUCAUCUUGAAUUCCCAUGUGUUGCGGGAGGGACCCAGUGGGAGGUAACUGAAUCAUGGAGACAAGUCUUUCUUGUGCUGUUCUUAUGAUAGUGAAUAAGUCUCAUGAGAUCUUAUGGUUUUAUAAAGAAGAGUCCCCCUGCACAAGCUCUCUCUCUCUUUGCCUGCUGCCAUCUAUUUAAGAUGUGGCUUGCUCUUCCUUGCCUUCCGCCGUGAUUGUGAGGCUUCCCCAGCCAUGUGGAACUGUAAGUCCAAUUAAACCUCUUCUUUUGUAAAUU